CCGGGAAAUCCCGUUGUCCGGACUCGCCGUUCCCAGGCCUCGGAUUCCGGCCCCCCAGCCUCUCUUCUGGCCUGUUAUUACCCCGCCCCCCGCAACUGUCCCCUGCCUUCACAUCCCCCGGGGACCUUUAUCCUGACUCCGCCCUGCCCAGUUUAGUGCUCCAUCUGUGUCUUCCCCCCAUCCCAGACCUCUACUCGUUUCUGUUUGGAUACUUCCUUCUUGGCCUGCUCUCCCGCCUUGGCUAACUGGCGGCCGACCCUCUCAGAGUUUGGGCCCAGACCUCAGCCCCUGGCUGGAUUCCCUCCGUCCGUGCUUCCUCUUUGAGAGCCCAUGCUCUCAAUUAUGUAGCGGCCCUCCUUUUACCAGGCUGGUUCUGCGUCCUCAGCUGCUGGGUGCCUUUGACCUUUGGCUAAUGGGUACCUGACGUUUUAUGCUCCUGGGCGCAGGAUGAGGAGGAGCUUAGCUCCCAGCCAGCUGGCCAAAAGAAAGCCGGAAGUUAGACCCUCUGAUGGUGAAGAUUGGCAACCUGGAGCAGCGACUCCUAAGAAACGGAAAGCCAGCAAUGAGACCCAGAGCCAGGAGUGUUUCCUGUCUCCCUUCCGGAAACCUUUGAUUCAGCUGACGAAUCAACCACCGUGUCUGGACAGCAGUCAACAUGAAGCGUUUAUUCGGAGCAUUCUGUCAAAGCCUUUCAAAAUCCCCAUUCCAAAUUACCAAGGUCCUCUGGGCUCUCGAGCAUUGGGCCUCAAAAGGGCCGGGGUCCGCCGGGCCCUCCAUGACCCCCUGGAAGAAGGUGCCCUGGUUCUGUACGAGCCUCCCCCACUGAGCGCCCAUGACCAGCUGAAGCUUGACAAGGAAAAGCUCCCCGUUCAUGUGGUCGUCGAUCCUGUCCUCAGCAAGGUCUUGAGGCCUCAUCAGAGAGAGGGCGUGAGGUUCCUGUGGGAGUGUGUCACCAGCCGCCGCAUCCCCGGGAGCCAUGGCUGCAUCAUGGCCGACGAGAUGGGCCUGGGCAAGACGCUGCAGUGCAUCACGCUGAUGUGGACGCUUUUGCGCCAGAGUCCGGACUGCAAGCCGGAGAUUGAUAAGGCAGUGGUGGUGUCGCCCUCCAGCCUGGUGAAGAACUGGUACAAUGAAGUGGGGAAGUGGCUUGGAGGGAGGAUCCAACCUCUGGCCAUCGACGGAGGAUCGAAGGACGAGAUAGACCAAAAACUGGAAGGAUUCAUGAACCAGCGGGGAGCCAGAGUGCCUUCUCCCAUCCUCAUCAUUUCCUACGAGACCUUCCGCCUCCACGUUGGAGUCCUCCAGAAAGGGAGUGUUGGCCUGGUCAUAUGUGAUGAGGGACACAGGCUGAAGAACUCCGAGAAUCAGACUUACCAGGCCCUGGACAGCCUGAACACCAGCCGGCGGGUGCUCAUCUCUGGGACCCCCAUCCAGAACGACCUCCUUGAGUAUUUCAGCUUGGUCCAUUUUGUUAAUUCGGGCCUCCUAGGAACUGCCCAUGAGUUCAAGAAGCGUUUUGAACUGCCGAUUCUGAAGGGUCGAGAUGCAGCGGCCAGUGAGGAAGACCGGCGGCUGGGAGAGGAGCGACUGCGGGAGCUCACCAGCAUUGUGAACAGGUGUCUAAUACGGAGGACAUCUGAUAUCCUUUCUAAAUACCUGCCUGUGAAGAUUGAGCAGGUGGUUUGUUGCAGGCUGACACCCCUUCAGACUGAAUUAUACAAGAGGUUUUUGAGACAGGCCAAGCCAGCAGAAGAGUUGCGUGAGGGCAAGAUGAGUGUGUCUUCUCUCUCUUCCAUCACGUCCCUGAAGAAGCUGUGUAACCAUCCAGCUCUAAUCUAUGACAAGUGUGUGGAAGAGGAAGAUGGCUUCGCAGGUGCCUUGGACUUCUUUCCCCCUGGUUAUAGCUCCAAGGCUUUAGAGCCUCAGCUGUCAGGUAAGAUGCUGGUCCUUGAUUACAUUCUGGCGGUGACCCGAAGCCGCAGCAGUGACAAAGUCGUGCUGGUGUCCAAUUACACUCAGACAUUGGACCUCUUUGAGAAACUCUGCCGGGCCCGAAGGUACCUGUAUGUUCGCUUGGAUGGCACAAUGUCCAUUAAGAAGCGAGCCAAGGUUGUGGAGCGCUUCAACAGCCCGUCGAGUCCAGACUUUGUCUUCAUGCUGAGCAGCAAAGCUGGGGGCUGUGGCCUCAAUCUCAUCGGGGCUAACCGCCUGGUCAUGUUUGACCCUGACUGGAACCCAGCCAACGAUGAACAAGCCAUGGCCCGGGUCUGGCGUGACGGUCAAAAGAAGACCUGCUAUAUCUAUCGCCUGCUGUCUGCAGGAACCAUUGAGGAGAAGAUCUUUCAGCGUCAGAGCCACAAGAAGGCACUGAGCAGCUGCGUGGUGGACGAGGAGCAGGAUGUGGAGCGGCACUUCUCUCUAGGCGAACUGAAGGAGCUCUUUACCCUGGAUGAGGCCAGCCUCAGUGACACACAUGACAGGUUGCGCUGCCGUCGCUGUGUCAACAACCAGCAGGUGUGGCCACCCCCCGACGGUUCUGACUGCACCUCAGACCUGGCUCAGUGGAACCACAGCACUGAUAAGCGGGGGCUCGCGGAUGAGGUACUCCAGGCUGCCUGGCACGCUGCCUCCACUGCCAUCACCUUCGUCUUUCACCAGCGUUCCCACGAGGAGCAGCGGGGCCUCCGCUAAUAACCAGCUGCUCUGGGUGUGGCUGUUGGAGGAAGGAGAGGGGAGAGGGGGUCCCUGUCCCAUGGGGCACGGCUGAAUUUUGUUCUCUGAGAGAAAAAUCAUCCAGAAGGGCUGCAUGAUGUUUGCCCAAAAUUUAUUUUUAUAAGAAAACCUUUUGGUUAAAAAAGAAAAGGAAGGAAUAAAGGUGUGAGAGGACUGA